AUGACAUCUAUAGAAGGCGCAAGUGCAACACAUGAUGGCGGAGACUCGGAGCCGGACAUGGAUGUACCCCAUGGCACCGUGAGUGCGGCAAUAAAUAAAAAGGCAGAAGUAGAUGCAGAUUCACUGGCGGAAGCACAGAAGUUGAUUGAAGACUGGUGCAAUGAUAAGGAGAAGACAGCUAGGCAGUUUCGACAGUUUAAACUUAUGAAGGUGUUGGGAAAGCGGCCACGAAGGGGUGUGGGUGGGAAAGUGAUCAUUACCAGUCUGUUGCCAAACCGACUAGCGAACGCGGCGUACUGUUGUAUGCAGAGUAUUAAAGAGCGUGACUGGGAACUUAGUAAUGAAGACUCGGACGUGAAGAAUAGUGUACUUAAAACAGACAAGGAUGCGAAGGGAGGCAACCCCACGCACACCCAAACACAGCAUGUUUCAAACACAUAUGGGGCGGGAAGUACCGCACACAGAUUCAAUGCGGCAGCACUCAGUAGUGAGAAGGCUUUAGAUCUGCUGCAAAAGACCAUUGCCGAAGGUAUAUAUCCUGAGUGCAAACUAUUCAGUUUCCAACUUGGUAGGUACCAAUCGGACGACCUCAUCGAGGAGCAUGAUGAUGCCGCAUAUGAAGACUUGGAGGUGAUAGAUAAGAAAACAAACACAACGGGGUGUUGCCCUGAAAAGAAUAUAGUAUAUCUGGUAGAUCCACUGUAA